AUGGCAGUGACGAUGCUGCACGACUGGUGCAGGUGGAUAGGUGUCAGCGCUCGCAGGGGCCUGCUCAUCCUGGGCAUCCCGGAGGACUGUGAUGAAGCCGAACUCCAAGAGUCCCUGGAGGCCGCCCUGUGGCCCAUGGGCCACUUUACCGUGCUGGGCAAAGUGUUUCGAGAGGAGGACAAUGCCACUGCGGCCCUGGUGGAGCUUGAGCAAGAAGUCAACUAUGCUUUGGUUCCCAGGGAAAUCCCAGGCACCGGGGGUCCCUGGAACGUGGUCUUUGUGCCCCGAUGGUCAGGCAAGGAGUUUCUUGGUCACGUGUUCCACUUCCUGGAGCAACAGGGGCAGACGGUGAAGAGUGUGGCUGGAGUCCUGGGGCUGGGGUUGCGCAGGGUGUGCUGGCUCCGGUCGAUCAGUCAGGCCGUCCAGGCUUGGGUGGAGACCGUGCGCUCGGACAUGCUGCAUGUGUGGCAAGGGGUUUCAGAAAGGGAGAGGAGGAGGAGGCUGAUAGAAGACCUUUGAGGGACGGCCCUGCAGCUGGUGCAUGAGGUCCUGGCGGAGAACCCUGCCAGGGCAGCGCAGGACUGCCUGGUGGCCCUGAUCCAGGUGUUUGGAGACAAGGAGUCCCAGGCGACACUCCGGAUGAAGUGUUUGACCACUCAGCAGCAGUCAAGCGAGCAUCUCUCUGCUUUUGUGUUGUGGCCGGAAGUCCUGAUAAAGAAAGCCAUUGAGAAGGGGGCCCUGGCCAGAGCCUCAGCCAACCACUUGCGCCUGAGGCAGGUGCUCACCAGGGCCAACCUUAUUGAGCCCCUGGAUGAAGCCCUGAGGAAACUGAGAAUGGUUGGGAGGUGUUCAAGUUUCCUGGAGAUGCUGGAGCUGGUUCGGGAGUCUGAUGCAUGGGAGGCCAGUCUAGCCAGGAGUAAGAGAGUCCAGCCGGGAGAAGGGGUUGCUGCCCGGGCUAAUGCCCAAGCUGAUGCCAGAGCCAAAGCUAAGGCAGAGACAGGUCCAGGAGGUCCUGACAGUGAGCCAGAGGGCCUGGCCCAGUCAGGAGACCAAGAGGUCAAGGAGCACCCCCAGGAGGGGCUCAGGUCCAUCCCGGAGGAGUCAGAAAAUGAGGACGGGGUUGGGGAGAUGAGCCCCACCAUGUCCUCCCUGGACAAAUAUACUCACAAGGCCCAGCAUCCUCCACCACCAUCAGUCCUUCCAAGUGAACAAGAUGACCAUGUUUGA